AAGCUUUUGUGGCUGCGGCAACCAACUCGUGGGGUUUGCCAUCUCGCUAUUUUCCGAGAAGAUGGUCACCCUGGCAAGUACAAUUACCAUUGUCGAGACCAAGGCAAAUCCCAAGAAGCGGAGCCUGGAGGAUGGAAACCAACCUGCGCCCAAAUGGCGAAUUCGUUUGGGAGACAGGGCCAAGGGCAUCCGCAAUCCAAUUCGAGAGAUCAUGGAUACCAUUGCCGGCAAGGAAAACCCAUCAAAGACGUUGGUGUCUUUGGCGCAAGGGGAUCCGACAUGCUACCCACACCUCCGGCCCAGUGUUGAGAUGGUCUCUGCUGUCUCCCAUGCAGUGAACUCGGGACAGAACAACGGCUACCAGCCGAGUCAAGGCAACGCUCGAUGCCGCACAGCGGUGGCAGCUUUCUUCAACACACCAGGAAGACCCACCUUGCAGGCCAAGGACGUGUUCAUGACCUUGGGCUGCUCUGAAGCGCUGUCGCAUUGCAUUGCAGCCUUGGCUGCCCCUGGCAGUAAUUUGCUUUUGCCGCGUCCUGGCUUUCCUUUGUACCAGGUGCUUUGUGACUACCAUGGAGUUGAAGUGCGCUACUACGACUUGUUGCCGGACAAGGGUUGGCAAUGCAAUAUUGGGGAUAUUGCCAAGCUAGUUGAUGACAACACCUGCGGCUUGCUGAUCAACAACCCUUCAAACCCUUGCGGGACUGUCUUCCCUCGCGAACACCUAGCAGAGGUGUUGAACGCGGCGGCGGAGCUGGGCCUGCCUGUGAUUGCGGAUGAAGUGUACGCUGGGAUGAGUUUUUCCAGGCCAUUUGUAUCGUGCGCGGAAGCAUCGCCACGAGUGCCCAUCCUUUCAGUGUGCGCUUUGUCGAAGCGAUGGCUUGCACCAGGAUGGCGCAUUGGCUGGAUCACUGUGCACGAUGCGGAUGGUGCGUUUGCAGACGCUGGAGUGCCAGAGACAUUGCUGAAACUCUGCCAGGUUUCCUUGGGACCGUCGGCACCUCUCCAGGCUGCUGUGCCGGAGAUCCUGACGUCGGCGCCCAACGGCUGUCCUUGGCACACGAGAGUCCUUGAAGCUUUGGAGGCCAGCGCCAAAUGCUGCGUGCAACGCUGCAAAGCCAUCCCAGGCUUGGAGGUCGCUGCUGAGCCAGAAGGUUCCAUGUAUUUGAUGGUGCGCUUGCAGCCCGGGGUGCUGGACAUCAACACGGAUGAUGUGCGCUUUGCUGGAAAACUCUUGGAGGAAGAGUCUGUAGCUGUUCUUCCCGGACAGUGCUUUUGCGCGCCUGGCUUCUUCCGUGUGGUGUUUGCCGCCCCGGUGGAAGUCUUGGAUGAAGCCUGGGAUCGGAUCGAGGUCUUCUGCCGCCGCCAUGCGGUGAAGUGACGAGAUGUGACGAGAUGCAUUUUUCUUCAAGUGCAGCUGGAUAAAGCUAGAACAUGAAAAGAACUGGCUUCAAGCAUCUAGCUGCUGUUGCACGAGCCAGUUGGGCCGUGCAUGCAGCUGGGCAUGAUGAGAGGAACGCCUUUGAUGCUGCGUUUGGUGGCCCCGUUCCCUUGUUUCAAGUCAUUCAGUGCAUCACUGAAUAACUGACCACCACAAUGAUGCUUGCUGAUGAACGAAUACGAUAAUCACGAUAGGGACAGGGACUGAGUCGCAAUCUUUGUUGCUUCAUGAUCUUCAUGCCUGUGGUUGUGAGUCCUGCCUGCAGUUUCCACCGCUGUACAAAUCUCAGAGCCCUGCCUCUUGGUUCAGAAAUUUCAGACUCUAGGUGUGAGGAAGGCCGAAGGUUUGAAUUGGCUCCAGUCUGAAGGCCGAGAGAGUCAAAGGCUGCCGGUGGACGUACAGAUCAUAAUCAAACCCUUGCGCAUGCUGACAAAA